CUCCCCGCCGCCGCGCGAGCUUUGACAAUGUGGGGACUGGGCCCGAGCUCCAGCGCGCGGUUGUGAGUGAUGCUCUCCCGACUUCUUCCGCGUUGGGCGCUUUCAUCCUGAUCGUCCCGAGCGCGGCCACCUUCUUUUUUCUCACUCUGUCUACUAAUUCCGUUUCUGGGAUGGUUUUCCUUUAGGGCUUCUGGACUUGUUCCAGAGUCCACUUGUCAUUGGGACGCUGUCGUGGAAACCUCACUCAGGAGUGCGGUUCCCGCGAAGACCCCACUGGGUGACACCUCAACUCUGCCACCAUGAACGGGGUCGUAAUCCCCCAAACGCCCAUUGCUGUGGACUUUUGGAGCCUGCGCCGUGCCGGUUCGGCGCGGCUCUUCUUCUUAACCCACAUGCACUGUGACCACACGGUGGGUUUGUCUAGCACUUGGGCCCGGCCCCUCUACUGCUCUCCCAUCACUGCUUGCCUCUUGCAUCGUCGCCUGCAGGUGUCUAAGCACUGGAUCCGGGCCCUGGAGGUUGGCGAGAGUCAUGUAUUACCUCUAGAUGAAAUUGGGCAAGAAACCAUGACUGUAACGCUCAUAGAUGCCAAUCACUGCCCUGGUUCUGUCAUGUUUCUCUUUGAAGGAUACUUUGGAACAAUUCUAUACACAGGUGAUUUUCGAUAUACACCAUCCAUGCUGAAGGAACCUGCUCUGAUACUGGGGAAACAGAUUCAUACUUUGUAUCUAGACAACACUAAUUGCAAUCCAGCCCUGGUUCUUCCUUCCCGACAAGAGGCUACUCAGCAGAUUGUCCAGCUAAUCCGACAGUUCCCACAACACAACAUAAAAAUUGGACUCUAUAGUCUAGGAAAAGAAUCACUGCUGGAGCAACUAGCCCUUGAGUUUCGGACCUGGGUGGUAUUAAGUCCUCAACGCCUGGAGUUGGUACAGUUGCUGGGCCUGGCAGACGUGUUCACAGUUGAGGAAGAAGCCGGGCGCAUCCAUGCUGUGGACCAUACGGAGAUCUGCCACUCUGCCAUGCUUCAGUGGAACCAGAGUCACCCUACCAUUGCUAUUUUCCCCACAAGCCGGAAAGUGCGCAGCCCUCACCCCAGCAUCUACACCGUCCCGUACUCUGACCAUUCAUCUUACUCCGAGCUCCGUGCUUUUGUGGCAGCGCUGAGGCCUUGUCAGGUGGUGCCCAUCGUCCAUCAAAAGCCUUGUGGAGAGUUCUUUCAGGACAGCUUGAGUCCUAGGCUCGCUAUGCCUCUGAUUCCACACUCUGUGCAGCAGUACAUGAGUUCCUCCUCUAGGAAAACAAAUGUGCUUUGGCAGUUAGAAAGGAGGCUCAAGAGGCCAAGAACUCAGGGUGUUGUGUUUGAAUCCCCUGAGGAGAAAGCUAAUCAGGUUAAAGUUGACAGAGACUCAAAGAAGCACAAAAAGGAAAACCUCUCUCCCUGGGCUGGGCACCUUGAGAGGCUUUGCCCCCAUCCUCUGCAGGCCAGGAAGCAGUUGUUCCCAGACUUCUGCAGGAAAGAACGUGAUGAGCCAGUCCUCUUUUGUGACUCCAACAAGAUGGCGACUGUGUUGACUGCCCCACUGGAAUUCUCAGUGCAAUUACAACCUAUAGAUGAGUUUCUCUUUCCAGAAACCAGGGAGAAAAUUGGCUUAGAGUCCCCAUUGCUGUCAAGGGGAGACAGUGGCUCACCAGCGAGAGGGAACCAAAGUGACUGCGUAGGCUGUGGUUCUCCCCCGGCUCACAUUAGCAGAGCUGUUCCUCUAACUCCUGAGUCCAGGGGCCUGGCGCUAAAAUACCUUCUCACUCCAGUGCAUUUCCUCCAAGCAGGCUUCUCUUCCAGGAACUUCGACAAGCAAGUGGAAAAACACCAGAGAGUACAGCGUAGCAGUCCUGCAGUUCUGAGCCCGGUGGAUGUUGGCUAGUGACAGGAGGUGGCUUGCUGUCUUCCUUUAAAAGAACCCUGGGGCUCACCCCAGCAGCUCUUCUGAAGCUUUUCAUGAAGUCCUAGUGCCUAUGAGACCCGUAGCUUUAUAGUACACUAUAUUGUUUAUUUUAAUUUUAUUAUAUUUAAGAAACAGAUUUCAUUAUAAACUAUUCAGUGUUCAUAAGCACAUUAAAAGUUCUAAGAAGUUCCAUAGCAAUUUAAUUUGUUCCACUUGGUUUAACCCAGUUUUUCUCAAACCUUUAUCAACAUGCAGUUCGUUUUGUUUUUUGUUUUGUUUUGUUUGAGUGGAAAAAAUAGAGUCUGAAUCAAAAAGAACCAGUAUAUUGUUAUUAAAUUUGUCCUGUCCCCAUCCUCAAGUCCCAGAUAAAAGAUGUCGGUUAUUUGUUUUCAGAUUGUAAUUCAUGGUGCUGGAGGAUAAAGUAGGAGUCCUGUUCUAACCCUGACUGUCACUGACUUGCUGUGACAUGACCCUAACCAAGGAACUUCCUGUCUUUGCCUCUCGGAGCGAACAGGAAACCAUGAAGAGGCACUGAAACAGUGUUAGGAAAAUAACACCUUCCUUCUUCAUGAAGGGGUUUCGUAACUGUCAUGAGACAUCCAUCUGGAACAUAGCCAUUUGGAGGUUAGGCACCACGCACCAAGGGGGUACACGGAAUAAGCUGAACAUUAAGGGUUAGAGUAUGUCAGAGCUACUGGAUGCUUGGAGACACUACUUUGUUAAAGCUACAGGGAUCAAAUGUGCUGCCAGAUAUUCUCCAAUUGUUCACAUAGCUGGGAUUUUCCCCCCACCCCCACAAGUUUGAAUUAGGGAGCCAGAGCACAGAGCUUGUUUGUUUUAGUAUCCAGGGGAGAGACCAAGGAGCCAGCUGGCUGGAACGGGUCAGAGUGUGCAGUUCUACCCUGUCCUGCUCAUAACCUGACAAAAUGCCAAACCAAUAAGCAAGACAGCUGAUAGCACAGCCAUGAGGAAAUGCGGUCUGGGAGGGUGCAGGCGAGGAACGGCCUGGGCCUGGAACCUUGAGCCAUAGCAGUAAAGAAAGCCAUCUCUUACCCUUGGGGAGGAGGGAGGAGCUUUGCUACUUUAGGAGGGAGAAGUGAAGUUUAGUGAGCAAAAUAAGACUUUGCUCUUGGACACGCUGUACUCAGUUCUGUUUUUGUCAGUGACCUUACAAACCUCUAAGGGCUUCAUAGGAACUGCAGCAGGUGAGGCAUGUGGUUCAACAGGAAACCUGGACAUUGGCUGGCUGGAAUCCAGGGCACAUGGCAAAUUGUUUAAAUAGAGGAGCCUUACUCAGCUGUAAUGUGGGGGCUGGGAUGCCUACCUCUCAUGAUUGCUAUACAGAUUAUUGGUAAAAUUCCCUAGUUCAUUGCCUGGCACAUGAUUGGUUUUCGUAGCUAAAGGUGUAGCUUUGGUAGGAUGUGUGUUUAGCAAGCUGAAGUCUUGGGUUCUAUCCUGAGUUGUGUCCCCCCCCCCCCAAAAAAAAGCCUUUGAUCUUCUCUAUGAGAAUACAAAGUAAAAUGUCUUCCAUGUAGACUAGUUAAUGGGCAUUUUUUUUCUAGUCUUUCUGAGGAUAUAAAUGUUAGAUUUAUACAUUUUCAGAAUUAGGAUAAUUUACAUGUGUGUGUUACAUGUGUGUGUACACACAAAGGGUGCUGAACAGAUGGCCCAGUGGUUAAGAGCUCUUAAUGUGCUCUUGAAGAAAACCUAGGUUUGGUUUCCAGCACCAACAUCAAAUUGAUCAUAACUCAAGUUCCUCAGGUCUGAUGCCUUCUGACCUCUGAACAACUGCACACAACUCAUACAGUCUCACACAAUACACAUAAAUAAAAAUAAUUUUAAGUAAUGUUUUUAAAAGAUGUAUUUGUUUAUUUUAUGUAUUCAUAUACACUGUCACUGUCUUCUGAGACACCAGAAGAGGGCAUCAGAUCCUAUUCCAGGUGGUUGUGACCCACCAUGUGGUUGCUGGGAUUUGAACUCAGGACCUCUGGAUGAGCAGUCAGUGCUCUUAACCACUGAGCACUCCAGCCCUUAAAUAAUGUUUUAAAGGGCCAGUGAGAUGGCUUAGUGGGUAAAAGCACUUGCCACAUAAACUGGUGAGCUGGAUUCAAUCCCUAGAGCCCACAUAAAAAUGGAAAAGGAGAUCUGAGUGCAUAAGGUUGUCCUUUGGCUGCCAUGCUUGCCUAUAAACAGUACUAAAAAGGGGUGGGUAAGAAUAAUACUGUAUAUGAUUUUAGAUUCUGCAUUUUACUUAAUUCCUUAAUUGGAACUCAAAAUGCCAUUAUCAAAAAAUGCUUACCCAAAAGGAUGUAACUACAUGUUAAUAAAUCAUUCUCAUUCAA